CGCACACGGAUGUGCAGUGGGUAGCGACUGUUGCUGAAUGCGAACGGCUGCCAUUUUGAUCUGAAAUAACUAGGAUCUGUGUUUCUUUGGCGCAAUAAUAAAUGGUUUAACUUAGUAGAUACAAUAGCUUUUUGCUUUCAGUUUUGACGCAAAAUGCUUUCCGCAGCCCAGUUACUCGAUGAGUUGAUGGGUCGAGACAGAAACUUGGCCCCCGACGAGAAACGAUGCAACGUACGCUGGGACCACGAGACCACCUGUAAGUACUAUCUCUGUGGAUUCUGCCCUGCAGAAUUAUUCACCAACACCCGGUCUGACUUGGGUCCCUGUGAAAAAAUCCACGAUGAAAACCUUAGGAAAAUGUAUGAGAAGAGCUCCCGGUUCAUGAAGGAGGGCUAUGAGAGGGACUUCCUGCGCUACCUGCAGUCUCUCCUGGCCGAGGUGGAGAGGAGGAUCCGCAGGGGCCACGCCCGUCUAGCCCUGUCGCAGGCCCAGCAGGCCGCAGGACAGGGGCCUGGUGGUCCUGUGGGGAAGAACGAGGAGAAAGCUACAGUCUUGACAGAGAAGAUCGAGGACCUAGUCAUGCAGAUCGAGGAGUUGGGCUCUGAGGGCAGAGUGGAGGAGGCCCAGGGGAUGAUGAAACUGGUGGAACAGCUAAAGGAUGAGCGAGAGCUGCUCAGCUCUACCCCCUCGACGAUUGAGACCUUUGCGGCCCAGGAGAAACAGAUGGAGGUGUGUGAGGUGUGCGGGGCGUUCCUCAUUGUGGGAGACGCCCAGUCCCGGGUGGAUGACCACCUGAUGGGCAAGCAGCACAUGGGCUACGCCAAGAUCAAAUCCACUGUGGAGGAGCUCAAGGAGAAGUUAAAUCGUCGAUCCGAAGACCCCGCCGGAGAAGACAAGGGAGAGCUAGAAAGCAAGGACUGGGAGCGUGAGAGGGAGGAGAGGGAGACUAAGCGCAAGUUGGAAGAGGAGGAGAAAGAGAAGGAGAAGGAGAAAGAGCGCGAGAAGGAGAAGGAGAAAGAGAGGGAGCGAGUGAAGGAGCGGGAGAGAGAGAGGGAGAAAGAGAGGGAGAAGAGAGGAAGGAGGAGCCACUCGAACAGCCGCCACUCCAGCCGGGCGUCGGACCGUAAGAGGAGUCGUUCCCGGGAACGCAGGCGGUCCAGGAGCAAGGAGAGGGAGCGCAAACGUAGCAGAAGCCGGGACAGGGACCGGGAGAGGCGGCGCAGCCGGGAGCGUUCGGACAGGAAACGGCGCUCCCGCAGCCGGGAGAGGAAGAGGUCCCGCAGCUCGGAGCGCAAGUCUCACCGCCACCGGAGCCGCAGCCGGGACAAGGACAGGACGUCCAGAGACAAAGAGCGUAAGGAGCCGGAGGAGAGGAGAAGCAGCUCCAAGAAGGACGAGGUGUUAGAUCAUGACAAGCCUUCCUCUGACGUGGCCAAGCCUGGGCCCGUGGAGGCUGAGGCUCCUGCCUCCACUCUGGGCUUGGCCCUUCUGGCCAGGGUCAACGGGGCUGCUCAAGACGAACUCCAUUCUGAAGGUGACACUCAGUCCAAUUAAAACUGAUCUGAUAGGACCUCAGAUCAGGCUCAGGUAAGUGCGCCCUCCCCCGUCAUCCUGGCUCUCAAAACACACACCCCUCCCCCAUCUUCCCUCUCAAACCUCCCCCUCCUGUUCUCCUCUCCCCCUCCUGUUCUCCU